UUGACUUCAUUUCCUUAUUUACAUCUACACAUCAUUUUUAUUUUGUUCUUUUCCAGCCCGCCGCCAUUGAAGAUCUCCGCAAGUGGACCUCCAGCGAAGCGUUGGGUGACAUGACGGUCACACCCGAUUGUAUGCAUCAUGUUGACACGUCCAUUAGCACCUCGAUGGUGAUCGGCGAUAAUGGGGUAUUGACGCCCGCCCUAUCUCCGUCCGUGUUGUCGGCCGAUGCGGUCGACGCACUCUACGCCAUAAAUGUCAGCCAAAUUGGCGACAAUACGCAACUGCCUAAUGAUAUAAAUAAAGAUGUGCCUUUGAAUCAUCGACUGCCUUCACCCGAAGAACAAUGUAAAAUAAUAGCUUUAAGGUAUCCCGCCGAAGUGAUCUCGGUGGACACAUCGGGCAAACGUUUCCAGCGCAUGUGUGCGGCGCGCAAAUCCACAACCGGUUGCUACACCGGCAACAUGGCCGAGACGAAUAAUCUGAACGAUGAUGUUCAAACGGUGAGCCGACGUUCACGUUCGCGGCGAGUACGCGGCAAGCGACGCAACACAAUCGCCGGUACCGAUCAGAAGGAAAUUCAAGAUGCGGCAAAUGGGUAUGUUGUUGUCUUAUCAUGGUUUCGAUGCUUUAGGUUUUCUUGUUUUUAAGUUUAUAUACAUACAUACAUACAUAUGUAUGUCGAUGUUAGCGACAUUGUCGACGUUGGUGGCUAUUCUGCAGCGCUGAGGCCAGCCAGCCGGAAGAUUAGGCCAAUGAGCUUAAUUAGUGAAAAUUUUCGAAACUUAAGAAGUUGUAUAAAACCCCCAAAAACCAAAGAUACUUAUUUAUAUACAGUGGCGGUCAAAAAUGGAUGAAUGGUGUUUUGUUGUUGAUAUUUACAAUG